UCCCCCUCCAGAUCAGCCCCAAGAAAAAGAUUCAAGAGUGUCAGGUCGAGCACGCAAUCGACUAUUCCGCUUUCGGGACCAGACCAAACCUAUGCGCCGCUUCCAGUGAAUAGGUAUAAGAGCCACUCCUGCUCCUCCACUCCAUCUACUCACCCAAAAGCUUCUCAAUUUUCUUUCAAAGAUACCCAUCCAUAGCGUCUCUUCUCAUCUUCCUUUUAACACAAAAGACAAUCAACAGCAAUCAUCACAAUGGCCGACCGACCUGAGCCCCUCCGUCUCGGCAGCGUUGCCCCCAACUUCCAGGCCGACACCACCAACGGUCCCAUUGACUUCCACGAGUUCAUUGGCGACAAAUGGGUCGUCCUCUUCUCCCACCCUGAGGACUACACUCCCGUCUGCACCACCGAGCUCGGUGCUUUCGCCAAGCUCGAGCCCGAGUUCACCAAGCGUGGUGUGAAGCUCAUCGGCCUCUCUGCCAACACGGUCGAGAGCCACGGUGGCUGGAUCAAGGACAUCGAUGAGAUCUCCGGCAGCAAGCUCAGCUUCCCCAUCAUCGGUGACAAGGAGAGGAAGGUGGCGCUCGCGUACGACAUGAUCGACCACCAGGACGCCACCAACGUCGACUCCAAGGGCAUUGCGUUCACCAUCCGCUCCGUCUUCAUCAUCGACCCCAAGAAGACCAUCCGUCUCAUCCUCUCCUACCCCGCCUCCACCGGCCGCAACACCGCCGAGGUGCUCCGCGUCGUCGACUCCCUCCAGACCGGUGACAAGCACAGGAUCACCACUCCCAUCAACUGGGUCCCCGGUGACGAUGUCAUUGUCCACCCCAGCGUCAAGAACGAAGAGGCCAAGACUCUCUUCCCCGACUUCAAGAUCGUCAAGCCAUACCUCCGCUUCACUCCUCUCCCCAAGGAGAAGACCACCGCUGCAUAAGCGAGAUAUACCACCAUGUGGCUCUAGCUAUGGCCACUGCCCGUCAGCCGUGUAGUCGGGACCACCGGCGGCCGCGCACAACGUGCGUUGUGGGGAGCAUCCGGCCUAUGGGCUGCACGCAGGGGCUGGGCCAAGACCUAAUGGGAGGCGAUGUCCAAGAUUUCUGUAUAUCUGAAAUGUAGCUUUUCUUUCUCUUUUCAAUCAAUGCUUCUGGAAGAGUGAAUGUGGACCCAGGACUUGGGAUGCAUUCCCGGCAUCGUUCGAUCUGGGACCAGAUAGAUUGUCAGGAAGGGCGGGGGGAGGGGAUGGAGGGGGCAUCCCAUGAAAACGUUUCUGCGAUAAUUAGG